CUUUCCUCACACACACACACACACUCUCUCUCUCUUCCCCCCCUCCCCCCACACACACUCAACACUCACGCAUAGCCCCCUUUUCUGACCUUCAUCCCACAAGAAAUGCAAAGAUUACGAGAUUUACUACGCAUACCCAUAUCUUCACAAAACCAGCAACAACAAUACACACGAUUGCACGGCACAACGCCCACAUUCGUACGCCACAAACUGUGGCGACCUUCGGCCAUUAUUAAAUGGGCAAUUAUUUUGGCAGCCUCUGGCGUAAUUACUUUUUUCGUCUUUUUCAAUCUGCAACUCAACAUUCGAGUGUAUUUGCGCAACUGGAUCACACAUGCCGAUGAUGCCUAUGCCACACCACUCCAUGGUUGUUUUGACUCGAUUCCAGACGAUAGCCCAUACAAAGGCGGUCCAGCCGAGUAUGUGUACGACAUUUCGCCUGGCGUGGCAUUGCUCGACGGUUACGAUUGCUACGACUAUGCAGCGACUAUCCAACCCCUAUCGGAAGAAAAGCAACAACAACAGAAUGUUGAUGGGAAAAAGGUUGUUUACCAUGCCUAUUGGCGAGCCGAUCUGGCACCUGUGGGACCCAAACAACUUGCAGUGAUCCGUUCGUUCUUUGCCACGCAAAACGCAAACAGCACUGUUCUGUACUUGUGGUCCAACGGCGACUUGUCCACAUCACCUAUUAUCCAAGAUGUUAAGGCCCGUGUCGGAGACCGGUUACAGACUUUGAUAUACAAUCCCAAGGAACUAUCCAAAGGGACGCCAAUGGAAAGCUCACCUCAUCUCGACUUUAAUGACGAACAUGGGUACCUCGAUGGCGACCUUAUCCGCUUGCUAGUGAUAUAUCGGUUUGGUGGAAUGUGGUUUGAUAUGGAUGCUUUAUUGAUCCGCGACAUGUCGCCUCUGUUUGAACAUGAAUGGUUGUCCCACUGGGAUUGUUUCCAGCCCAACUUGUUCCCGUUCAAUGGCGCAUUUAUGCACUUCAAACAGCAGAGUCCGUACCUCUGCGAAAUGCUGUCCGAAAUGGCAAAUGGACCUUUACCAAGACCAGGCACGAUUGACUGGGGAGGCUACAUGUAUUAUCGAGUGUAUAGGCGGUUGUUGUAUAACGGAAUAAGACCUUGGUCAAUCAUCCCUUGGUGCUUUGCGGAUUCCAUGGAAUGCAAGCCGAGCAACUCAAUGCCUAACGCGUUUGAAGAGGUCGAGUUUCCAAAGGAGCGGCUGUCUCAAGUGUUUGCAUAUCAUUGGCAUAAUCAGUGGAAAAAGACGCCCGGAUCGUUGUUCAGAUAUCUAGAAGACCACCACAAGGAUGUUACGGGAUGGUAGAUAGAAAAAUGUGUGUGUGUGUGUCUAGAGAAAAAGAAACGUAGGCUUAAAAGACGAGAUUAUAGCUCCUCUUACUAUUACUUUACUACUACUUCUACCAUUACUGUUCUUACUACCCCUUAUACCAACUCACUACCUCCACCCACCGCACCCAUCCGUACUCGUACUCGAACUCCAUCUUGACCGUUUGUUCUCUUUUGUUUGUAGAUAGAUUCUAUACAUCUUACUUGUUUAGCAUACCUUAAAAGCACCAUCCUUUUCUUGUGAAAUAAUAAAUAUUCUUUUUUGUUAUUAUUGCUUCAUACCAAC